CUGUGACAAUGUAAAAAUAUUGAUUUUGUCUAAAAUAAAAUUUUAUGUCUGCAUCAAAAUGAUAAAGUUUAUAAAAAAUCUAUAAAACUAUAAAAUCAUAGAACUAUUAAACAUGUUACGACAAGAAAAUUUGGCAGCUAACUUCUGUGGUUUAUUAGCCAGCCAGGGCUAUACGGACAAAGCCAUUGAAUGGCGCGUACUGGGCCAAGAACAAGACGGCUCCAUGCUAGCCUCUUGGCAAUUUGAACAUUUGGAAACUAAUGAGCGGGAAUCUUGUAUUGGUCAUUUUAAUGCAGUUAAGAAAACAUUAAGAAUUCUACAUCGCCUCAAGGAGCAAGUGGAAGUGGUGCAAGCCACUGUCAACAGUUCAUUGAGUUUACUAACAUAUGUGGCGAAAAAGCCCUGGUCCGAGGAUAAUGAAACUGGGGAGGCUAAACCAUCGGUAUUACAUUAUUUUCCUUAUAUUGUGGAAAUACGCAAUGGUGAGAGUGUGGCAGCUACAUUUUUACUAAAACAACCAAGCCGUCGUCAAGUAAUGACACAAUUCUUAUGGCGCUCCGAAAAUCGUUUUGAUAAAGUGUGGCAAGAUAAGCUAUUGGUGAUGACACAUGGACAAAAUAUUCUGCAAUUUACUUGCACCAUCAAAUCGAAGGAUCCCACAGCAUUAAGUUUAGAUUUUACACAAGAAGAAACCUGGUAUUUAGAUACCUCAAUUUUGGUAUCAGAAUGUUUAGCAAAAAGUUUCACUUGGGCCCAGUGGGAUAGUGAUAAUCAAGCUCUCUAUUAUAUACACAUGAAACCAAAAGCAAAAAGUAUUAGUCUAUUAGAUCCUGACAAUGAAAAUGAGGUUACCGAAAAUGUAAUGAGUCCCACUUUAUCGGCAUUUCAAUUUAAUGAUAAAUUACCCACUGAAACUGUGCUUAAUAUUCCUUUAAAUCUACCCAAACUUCCUACAGGAUCUUUUAAUGAUGAUGACCCCACCUAUGAGGAUGAUGUUAUGCCUCUAAGAGUACAUGACACUUCUUUAAAUCUUAUAAUAUUAGCUGAACCUAGUGGCAUGUUGUUUGUUUGUCAUUAUUAUUUGUAUCAACCCAUACAGCCAAAGAAUGUGGAUGAAAGUGAAACACCUUCGGCAGGUAGUUCCACUGCUGGUUCAUCGGCUUCUUCAGCUACUAACGCUCGUAAAGUUGAUGUGCAUUUUGCUUAUUCGGUGACAUUGCUACAUCAUGGUUGUGUGGUGCAUUGCGUUAUGCCCGGUGUACCCUGGGAAAAGGCUCGCUUACUUAAGCCUACUUUUGCUUUACAUGGUGCUCAUAAUUUGUUAGUUUUCCAACCGGAUCUCUUUGUACAUCUAUUGGAUGUGGGCUUGACUCAUGAACCCUGUUGCCAUAUAGUAUGUCCGGCCCAUAAUCGUAAUCCACUAACCCAACUUGUACCCUGUCGCAAAUGGGGUUCAUUGGCUUAUGAUACCGCCACAUUGGAUCUGGUAUCCUUGUCUGUGCCACGUUCGCAUUUAAUUGAAGCUUUUCGCAAUGAUACUUCAGUAGAUAAUCGUCUCAGUAUUAUACAUCAUUUUUUGGUGCAUUCAUCCAAUGAUCAAUUGGAUGUUUUAUCGGAACUAUUAAGUAUUAUAAUGGAACGUCCUUUAUCGUUAGAUACAGUGGCCUUGUUAAAAGAGUCUCUAGUUGCCGGUAGUUAUGCAGCGGCUUUACGUGGCCUACCUUCAGAGGCCCUAACAAUGUGUAAAUAUCUUCCUCUUACUACGGCAGAUGCCACAAAACCAAUACAAGCUCGUGUAGCCGACAUAAGUGUGGGUAUAUCGCAUGAAAGCUUGUACAAUACCAGCAUGAUGUUGUUAUCUCCGCAACAAAGGCUAUCGCCUUACAAAGCAGAUAUAUGGACACGCUUGUGGGAGCAUUUAAAUGAAGCUGGACAAAAAGAGAAUAUAAAUUGUGCUACUCGACGUUUUACCGUAGAACAAGUUAGUGAAAAACUAAUGUUCUCUUUGGCCUGUUAUCAGCCAGAAGCUCUUUCACGUUGCACUACACCACAAACUCCCAGUACUGCGGGUAAUAAUUUAAAUGAUUUUUCCUCGGCUAGUCGCCGCAUUUGUAAUGAGGUGAUGCCAUUUAUUGAAAUGGAAUCAUGUACGGCUACCAAGCAAGAGCAUGUUAUGUCAGUGACUUUGCGUGAAUUAAGUGUGCAUUUGGUUAAAAACUCAUCUAAACCCAAUACUGGUUUCCGUUGGUUAAAAGAAACUUUCUUUGAACGUUCUCAAGCUCCAGCUCAUGUUCAUGCUGUGGCCUCUCAGUAUGUCACCUCACAGCUGGAUCUUUCACGUUCUCUCUGCUCUCUAGUUUGUAGGGCAGCUGGUUUAGAUGCUCGCCACGAAACGGCUAGAGGCUUUCAAUUGAUUGAUCAAAUGAGUAACGGUCAACAGUAUUCGCUAUUUCUUAUAUUGGAACGUUAUUGCUUAGCGGUAGAUUCUAUAGCAUUCCCUUUGCCUCAAGGUUUUGCUUCAUUCUUCACCUAUUUGGGUUAUCGGGCCCUAUCAUUCGAUAUGUUUUUACAAUAUGUUCAAAAUCAUGUUUUUGAAUUGCAGGUUGAUGUUAUGAAAACUAUAAUUAAUGAUAUCGAUGACUCUAAAGAAGGUAUUGAAAAGAAACUUUCUUUAUUAUCUGCUCUGCCUAAACAGCGUGCUCAACGUUUAUUAAAGAAUUGGCAUCAUCCGGAAAGUUUAAUGAUACGUGGACGUGAACAUGCGGCCAAUAUAUUGUCAGGCAAUCCGGUGCAGCAACGUAAGGGUAGUGUUUGUAAUGCUAACACUCAAGUACGUUCAAAUCUAAGAAGUGGUAUUGCUGCUGAAAAACUCUCACCAUUGGAUUCAUUUUUGGAUCUUCUUACUGCCAAAGCUAGUCUUAAUGAAUUGGAUUACAAUUUACUUAUCGAAACUACCGUGUCAUCCAUGGAUCAUUUAAAUGUUAAUAAUUAAUGAUUCAAUGUGCCAUUUCAGCAAUUUUACUUAAUGUGCUAAAAAAAACAUAAUUAUUAAAAUUUAAUAUGUAUGUGUAGUAUUUAUUAGCAUUUAACGUAUUUGUCGGGUAUUAAAUAUAUUUAGAUAUUUAUUUAUUUUCGUCUACUUUUGAGGCUAUUUAAUUAUGUUGUAUUAAGUUUUUUUUUUUUUUUUUUUUAAAUUAAGAUUUACAAUAAUAAAAACAUUCCCUUAUACUACUUUUUCCUUUGCAGCUGUUUAUUUAUUACUUUUAAGCAAUAUGUUACUUUUUGUUAUAAAGAUUAUUCGUUUUUAUACACAUUUAUG